AUGUCGAUUAACAAUAUAACACUUAAGGACAAGCAUGAAAGUCUUCUCAAACAAGGAGAGCUUCCUUUCCAUUUAUUUGAAUCCGAAAGUAUCCGAUAUUUCACGCCUUCACCUAGACAAUCACUUGUCAUUGAAUCUCAGAAGAACACCUCUGAUCCAGAGCCACACCAAAUAAGCAUUUCAGCUGCUGACGGGUAUCUUUAUGUCACAAAUAAAAGGCUUAUCUAUAUCACUGUCUCAAAGGGAGAUAUUAAUAACUUUCUGUUUGAAUUUACCCAGACACCUUCUCUUCAGUUUUCUCACAAGUUAGUUUCUCCCUGGUUUGGAGCAAAUUACUGGGAAUUCUUGUUCCACAGUACGAAGCUGGCCAGUGAUGGAUUUCCCUACAAUAAAUGGUUCAAGGGAACCAUAAAGUUCAACGAUGGGGGAUUGUUUGAUUUCAUUCCAAUUUUGAACGUAGUGUUAAAUGACCAGGUCAAUAAUGCUCAAAUAGACGAAGAGUUACCCCGGUAUGAGGCUUAA